AUGGAAACAACUUUACCGAACGGGGAUAGGCCCGAACUUCCUCAAUUAUUUGGACAUCCAAAAGGGAUGUUUUACCUCUUCUUCGCAGAACUCUGGGAACGAUUUUCAUUCUAUGGAAUGCGUGCAUUACUGGUUUUGUACAUGACCACCAAAUUGCUAUACUCCGAUGAAAUGUCACUUGGAGUGUAUGCCGCUUAUGGUUCGUUGGUUUACGCAACGCCCAUUAUCGGUGGAAUGCUCGCGGAUAGAAUUCUUGGGUAUCGAAAAUCGAUUAUUAUUGGAGGAAUCCUCAUGGCGAUUGGACAUGGAUUUAUGACGAUUGAGAAUUCAUUUUUCUUUUACACUUCGUUGGCCAUUAUCAUUGUUGGAAACGGUUUUUUCAAGCCAAACAUCUCUUCAUUGGUUGGUGCGAUUUACACCGGCCAGGACGAGAAACGCGAAUCUGGAUUUACGAUUUUCUAUCUCGGAGUCAAUCUUGGAGGAAUGCUUGCCCCGCUCUUGUGCGCAUGGCUAGGGAUGAAGUAUGGUUGGCAUUACGGAUUCGGAUUGGCCGGAUUGGGAAUGGUACUGGGAAUCAUUUUCUUCCUUCGUGGAAUGAAAUCGGGAUUGUUUGGUGAACAUGGAAAACUUCCCGAAGAGCAGGAAAAGGUGCUUCCAGCGGUAUAUCGAAAAAAGGAAUUCACGGUGAUUUUGUUGGCGCUGAUUUCGGUUCCGCUCUUUGCAGGAAUUAUCUAUUUCCAUCAAUACGAGCACUGGUUGGUUUUAGUAGUGACGCUUGCCGUUGCCCUGGUGUUAAUCAAGAUUCUUUCAGGAGUAUCGAAAAUGGAGCGCGAUCGAUUGAUGGUAGUCGUCUACUUCACGAUUCUUGCAACGCUCUUUUGGGCGAUUUUUGAGCAAGCAGGAUCAUCGUUGACUUUAUUCGCAGAUCGAAAUGUCAAUUUGGUCGCCUUAAACGCAGCGCAAACGAACA